CACAAUGAGCAGAAAUAAACCAGGGCUGGCGGGGAGGGCCCCGCGCCGGCGCAGGCUGCGCACUCGCAGCAGUUGCACUUUUGCUUUGUGUGCCGGGAGGGGUGGAAGCGCGCACCCGCAGCGGGGCUCCACGGGCACAGCCAGCCGAGCCUGCCAAGCUGCGGGGCCGUGCCUGUCAGACUCCUGCGCUGAGGGAAGGGGCUGAAAUGCCACCCAAAAGGUGACCGAAGGUGCAGACCUGGCUCUGGACAGUUGUCUGCUUCAGCACGUAAAGAUGGAUUUCUCCGUGGGGAUCCCAGCUCUGCCAGCACUGCAAGCUGCUGCAUUAAGGUCUGGUCACUUCUGAAAAAGCAGGAAGGACACGUACAAUACAAGCAGGACUUGAAUGAAUCCAGAGCAGAGCUCCUCACCAGAUGGGACAGGAUCGCCUAGCUGAAGCCUCGUGCACAAACACCAGGGCUGAAGGAGGUUUACACCUGAUUAUUUAAGCACCAACAACCUCAGGACAACCUGGCUGCCGGGUGCUGGUGAGGACCAUGUUAUUAUGCCGGAGUGCUAACCGCACAUGCCUGCGUUGGCACAGCAGAAGACUUCAUGAAGAGCAAAGGUGACCGGUGCCCAAAAGGCAGGAAGGCAACGGCUUGGGACAGAGGUGCCACUGAGCUCACAGCUCUUCUGCUCGCCAUCCACACAGCCCCUGGGGGCUCUGGGGGAAGGAACCAGAGCUGAGCGCGAAUCUAGAGCCCAGCCAUGGAGAACAGCUCAACCUGCUCCAAUAGCACCAACCUCAAGCCCUACUAUGCAGCUACAUACACUUUCAUCCUCGUCCCUGGACUAAUAGGAAAUGUAUUGGCUUUGUGGGUCUUUUACGGGUACAUGAAAGAGACUAAACGGGCCGUAAUAUUUAUGAUCAAUUUAGCCAUCGCUGACUUAUCGCAGGUUUUAUCCUUGCCUCUGAGGAUUUUCUACUACUUGACCGGGACGUGGGAGUUUGGAUCAGGCCUCUGCAUGCUGUGUUUCUACCUGAAGUAUGUCAAUAUGUACGCCAGCAUCUACUUCUUGGUUUGCAUCAGCGUGAGGCGGCUUUUGUUUCUUAUGUACCCAUUCAGGUUCAGCGACUGCAAACGCAUUUGUGAUGUGUACAUCAGCAUAGCUGGGUGGAUCGUGGUCUGCAUUGGCUGUUUGCCUUUCCCUCUGCUGAGAAGCGAAGAAGCAAAAAUUGCAAACAAGUGCUUUGUGGACCUCCCCGUACGGGAAGUUGACCUUCCCACCGCCACUGCAAUGAUGACGCUAGGUGAAUUGGUGGGAUUCAUAACACCCCUUUUUAUCAUCGUAUACUGCUCGUGGAAGACUAUCUUAUCAUUAAAAGAAAAAAAUGUCGCUUCGCCUGAUCUUGGAGAGAAAAAAAAGGCUUUGAAGAUGAUUCUCACCUGCGCUCUGGUAUUUCUGAUUUGCUUUGUGCCUUAUCAUAUCAGCUUUCCACUGGAUUUCUUUGUCAAAACCAAGAAGAUUAAAAACUGCCACGUCCAGGAGGUGAUCUCCCUGUUUCACGCCGUAGCCUUGUGCCUUGCCAGCCUCAACUCCUGCGUGGACCCCAUCCUCUACUACUUCACUACGGACGAGUUCCGGAGGCGGCUGUCCCGGCAGGAGCUGCAGGACAGCGUGCAGCUGCACAGCCAUGGCUGCAGCAAGAAGCACUCCCAGGCCACGCUGCAGGAGGAGGCCACCGACUGCUAGCGCUGGCUGCCCCGGGCACGGCCCCGGACCGCAGGUGCUCGUGUGGAUCUGGCUUCUGGCCGAUCUGCUUCCCCAGGACACGUGCUCUAGGUGACCCUGCUCGAGCAGGACUCGAUGAGCUCUGGAGGUCCCUUCCAACCUCAACCAUCCUGUGAUUCUGUGACACCGAGAGAUGCUCCUCAGGCACGCUUCUGCUGGCUCCAGGGAGGAUUCGAGCUAAAAAUACAACAACAAAAAAGCCUGACCAACCCCCUGAUGACUUAAUACUUUGGCUGCAAAUGUUCCCUGUGUAAGCACCACCACGUAAUUCCCACGGGCCCCGCUCCUGAGCCGGGCAGCCAGGAGCAGGCUGGCAUUGGCAGGAUCAGGCCGCGCAGCCCUGCCCCGCUGCCACCCACCCGCAUCGCGGUCACACACCCUGGCACCAGGCGAGAGGCUGCCAAGACUUUGGGGUUUCCUUAUCCAGCAAGAAUUCAGUCCUAAAGUUAGCACGUGGCUCAGUAUUAAAUUAUUCUGAAGCAACGGGUGAUGGCACAGCAACUUUAAUGUCUACAUGUGCCUGAGGCCUCAGGCGUCCCCAAAGGCCUGGCUGCAUCCGUAAACACCCAGGGCUCGACUCUGGGGGCGCAUCAGUUGACAGCUCCCCAAAUCACAAUGCCAAUCAAGUGCCCAGACACUAUUUUUUUUCUACCAUCAGCCGUUUUUUUUACCAUCAGGUCAUUUCUGGAUCAGGGUAAGAAGUAGAAUGCCACGAGUGGCCCUUUCUGAUGCUUGUGAUAAGCCUUAAACACAGGGCUCUGCUUUGAGGACAUUUAGUCAGGUUAAAGAUCCAGUGAGCCUCUCGGGUCCUUUUUUUUUCUCCAAAAAUGGGGUAAAUGGUUCCCCUUUCACUGACAAGAGACUCUGCACCAUAACACCUGCUGUGGUGUUAUCAUCAGUAUUAUGGUGAACUGCCCCUGAGUCCAGGAGUCGAUGAUUUUGGGGUUGGGAUAACUUCCCGUAGUUGUGAAAAAGCCACCUUAGUGAAGUUCAUUCAUUAGCACCAGCUUCGUUAAGACGGGCAAAGGAAGCUGAGCUUUCUGAAGUUUACUGUGAUGAGAACUCACUGUAUGCCGAGUCCAAGGAGCUACCUCACAGGUGGCUUUAAAAAUCUGAGAGAAAUAUUCAAAUGUGGAUGUAUUUUUAAUAGUAAGUUCUUUAAAAUCAAACAACAGAAGCUUCGUGCUCCACUGAUACUUUAUUUGCACCUUCUUGUAUAAUCUGUUGUUAUGUGAACGUUUGAAAUGUUACAUUUUGAAAUGUAAAAAUACUGUGAUAUUAGAUUUUAUUUAAUGCAAAUACUGUUUUAUAGAUUUUAUUUAUGAAAACAUUUUGUAGAAAAAUGAUGUGAAUUCCAGAGACUGUUGGAACUCAGAAAGACCUUUUUUAAAAAACUUUUAAAAUCCCUCUAUCUAACAAACCACCCCGCCCACACUGCCAGCCUGUGUCUGUACAUGCGUUCAGCUGAGU